AUGUUGGACGCAUCACUGCACUCCCCACAAAAACGUGUGGAAACUGACCCUCCUGAUAGUAAUCAUUUGUUACACGUGCUGUGGCAUCUGGACAUAUUCCGACGCAGCUUCCGUGAGCUCACCGGUCACGCUUGCCUCGGACCAUCGUGCAUUUUUUGCGCUUUAAAAUUAGAAAGGUGGGAGAACAAUGAACCAAAUUUGACCACUAGCGCACUAUCGAGAAGAGAGAACGUGACCUCGGUUCGGGCGGGCACCACUGACCUUUGCGAACAAUAG